CGCUCGGCUGGCGCGCCUACUGUGACUGCGCAUUUUGAUUCUGAUUUUGUUCGUGUUUGCAAGUUCUUUUUAAGAAGUUUUCUUUUAUUUCCUAAAAUGUUCUCCUCGUGUAAUUUGCCGUAUAGGGUAGAUCGUGCCAAGACCGGUUUAUCAAAGUGUGUAGGGUGUAAAACGGUAAUUCCUAAAGAAACUUUAAGAAUGGCCCGUAUGUUUCAGUUUAAAUUUGGUAAGAUGAGAGAAAUUUGGUACCAUAUGGAAUGCUUUUUUGAGAAACAAAGGCCAAAAUCAGUGUGUGAGAUAGACAACUUUAACAAUAUAGACGAUGAAGAUCAACUGUGGCUUACCCAAAAAGUUGACGAAGUUCUCCAAGCAGCCAGCGUGAUCUGCAAUGGGGAAACAAAUGGGCAAGCAACUAAGAGGUCAUCAAGCGAAGUAGUUGGCCCACUGACAGACUUCAGUGUAGAGCUCUCUAAAAGCUUUAGGGCCAAAUGCAGAGGUUGUGAUAUUAAGAUUUGCAAGGGUGAAUUACGCAUUUCCAAGACCUCGUAUGACACAGAUAUUGCUAUAUUAUGGGGCAAGGAGCAGCUGUGGUACCAUGUUAUAUGUUUUGAGAAGGCUAGAAAAGAAUUACAGUACUUUGCUGGUGGUGACAUGCUGCCAGGUUUCAAUGAACUUCCUGAGACGGACCAGCAAAAUGUUAGGGAUAACAUCAGGCCUAUAGCAUCUGAUGAAGUUCCAAUAAAAAAAAUUAAGAAUGAUCCAGAGGAGCAGGAGCGACAGAGAGAGAUGAGUGAACAAAACAAUUUAUACCAGAGCUACAAAAGCAAACUCAAGAAUUUGUCUCAGAAUGAAAUUGUUCAAGUGUUGAAGAGGAAUGGGCAAUUUGUACCGAAAAAUAAACAAGAGGCUCUAGAGUUGCUGGCGGACUGCCUGGCGUUCGGAGCGCUGCAGCGCUGUGCGGAGUGCCGCGGGCAGCUGCUGCUGGCCAGCCUCGGGUACAGGUGCUCAGGAUUUAUCAGCGCGUUCUCGUCGUGUGGCCAGUUUGUAUCACAACCGGUGCGGUUCCCGCUCACAAUACCACCGGAGCUGGCGCAAAAGCCCCCACUGCUGGGGUACGAGCCCACGGUGGGUGUGAGGCUGUUCCGAAACCGGCCCCAUCCAACCACCGCGACAAAGGAAAUUGUCAACGCACCAUUGAAGAAUAUGCAAUUCUUCAUAUACGGCCGAGAGCUGAAAGACAGGAAAGAUGACAUUAAAAAGUGCAUCUUCAAAAUGGGAGGGCUGGUGGUGACCAAACUGACUGACACCAUGGCAGCUGUGAUCUCCACUCGGAACGAUAUGGUAAAGAAGGCAGAAAUAGCAGAGAAGCAAAUAGAGGUCGUAGAGGAAUCCUUUUUGGACCAAAUCGACAAAGAAAAUGGAACCGUGAUGGAUUCCAUAAAGCUGAUAGGUACAUGCAACAUCGCAGAUUGGGGCUCAGAUCCAAUAAACCGCGUACCUCCGGCCGUGAUCGAAGGUAAACAUAUUGAAACGUGUGGAAAUAAUUAUAAGAAGCCUUCAACAUCAACGCAAAUCAUUACAGCUGGGUCAGUGAUAGAGUCGGCGGAGCUGGCGCGCACAUCCCACGUGUUCCGCGACCGCGAGGGCGACGCGCACUGCGCGAGGCUGUCGCAGACCGACCUCGUCACUGGGACCAACGUCUUCUACAAGCUGCAGCUGCUGGAGAGCGACGAUAACGACAGAUACUACGUGUACACAGCGUGGGGCCAGAUCGGAAAUGACGGAUUGGACAAUAUAAAAUAUUUCGACAAUCUCGAAAGCGCUAUGGUUCACUUCAAAUCCAAAUAUUUUAAACUAACCAAGAACAAAUGGGAGGACAGGCAUGACUUUGUUAAGCACCCUUAUAAAUAUUACCCUCACGAUGUAAACUACAACGACGCGAACACGCUGUCCUCCUUAGAGGUGAACUGGAAGUCCGACCUCCCCAUAUCCGUGCAAAGACUAAUGCAGAUGAUAUUCGACAUCGACACCAUGAAGUUGACGUUGCAGCACUUUGAGCUGGACACGGAGAAGCUGCCGCUUGGGAAGCUAUCUCAGAAACAGCUCGAUGAGGGGUUCAAGGUGCUGAUGAAUCUAUACAAAUACGUCGAGAAGGGGAAAGUUGGAAGGUCCAAGAUUUUAGCAGAGAGCAGCCAUUUCUACACUCUGAUCCCCCACAAGAGCAGCCGUAGGACGCCACCAGUCUUAGACUCCAUGGAACUCGUCCAGGACAAGAUGCAGGUCUUAGAUGACUUGAUGCAGAUAGAACUCGCUUACACUCUGAGAAAUGAAUACUUCGAGAACAGAAACUAUCUGGAAGAAUGUUAUAAAAAACUGAACACUGAUAUAACUCCUUUGAACAAAAAUUCGAAUGAAUUUAACACAAUAGAAGAAUACGUGAGAAACACGCAUGCGUCGACGCAUUGGCGUUAUUCUUUGGAGAUAGAACAGGUGUUCAGGAUAGUGCGGUCGGGAGAAGACGCCCGCUAUCUGCCGUUCAAGGGGCUUCACAACCGUCGGCUUCUGUGGCACGGCUCUCGCGUCACCAGCUUCGUUGGGAUCCUGUCUCAUGGUUUGGUUCUACCAAGAACGUUUCAAUCGAGGUUAAUGUUCGGCAAAGGGAUAUAUUUUACGGACAUGGUGUCGAAGUCUGCCAACUACUGCUUCCCUAGCAAAGAGAGCCCCGUCGGGUUGCUGUUACUCUGCGAGGUCGCACUGGGGAAUAUGAAGGAGUGUACCGAAGGUGAGUGCGUGAGCGAACUCCCUCCCGGCAUCCAGGCGGUGGUGGGCCUGGGCCGCGCCGGGCUGGAGCUGAGCCGGGUCCGCCCGGGGCCGGCCGGUGGGGCGCUGCUGCCGCUCAGUCCGCCGGUGUUCGUCCAGCGGGACUCCAGCCUCGACUAUAACGAGUUCGUCGUGUACGACGAGGCGCAGGUCAACAUCAAAUAUCUACUGCAGGUGAAGUUCAACUUCAACUACUAAAUCUCUAUCGAGAAUCAUUUAUUUUGCAUUCAAAUUUUUUAAACUAUGUAUAGUUAAAAUGUUGUUAUAUAAGUACAAAAAGUCACGUUUUACA